AUGGAUUCGAAUGAGGCACUGCAAUCAUAUAAGCAACCAAGCGUCAGCAGUGGCAGACAGUCGGACAUGUAUAAAACAACCCAAUCAAACGUUGUUGAGUGGCCUUCCCACCAUUUGGAGUCUCGCGUACGACCACAAUCAGAAGAACAGCCAACCUGCUCUCAACGGCAACCGAAUGAAAGUGUUCACGGACCACUGGAGGAAAUUGAGGAAGAGCGGCAGCGAAAGAAAGCUGAACAAAUGGCAUUCAAUAGACGUAAUGAACCUGAAGAUAAGCGUAAGAAGCGGUUAGCGGCCCAGGCCGAAAGAUCCAGGUUGAGAAGAAUGAAAGAGACCGAAGAGCGGAGACUGGAACGCCUCGCGAAUGAUACAGAAAGACGUAAAUUAAGAAGAUCAACCGAAACGGAAGAACAGCGAUUAUUGCGCUUGCGUUCAUUGGCAGAUGUUAGGAGAAAACAACGUGCACAAAACAACAACUUGCUCAAACAACAUCAUAGCAGUCAGGAAGAAUUUGGUGCAAACUCAAGAGAAGUUCUGGAAGAAAAUGUUACGGGCAAUCCUUCUGAUGUUGCGCGUAAUGAUGCAUUUGUUGCCUUCUCUACCCAAGAAGCAACACCUGAGGCUGAUCCGCUGCAGCACUCGGGCACCCGUGAUGCAUUUUCUGGCCAACGAUCAAUGAUAAACUUUAAGGAUUUGAUAAGUCAGAGACUCAAUACUUUCGAAGACGAGUUUCAACACAACGCAUCUGUACCUCAUUUGGAUGAGAGUGCUUCCAGACCUUUGCCUUCCACGUCUGCCUACGUACCUUUGAAAGAUCUAACAAUACAGCCUCUACAUGAUGAAUACGUACUACUCACUCCUGAUCCUGCUUUGAGAGUACAUUUGAAUGGAGCAAUUGAGAACAACCUAAAUGCUUUGCCUCCUCAAAGCCUACCGCCCUUCAGUCAUUCUCAUGUGGAACAUCACUCAAAUAUUCCAUUCACUGUCUUACCAAGCACAUCCACGGAGCUGUCUCCGACCCAGGACAAACUCAUUUGCAAAGAGCUUCUCUAUCUGCAUAUAACUUUUGCUUUUCAAGAAUUACAUCCCCGAGAUUCGCCUUUCUCUUUUGGGAACAUGGACCUGCGCUACGAGUGCACGGCUAUUGAAAACAUGAGUGCGAGUCUUUCCACUUUGAUCGGGAAAACCCUGGAUGAUUUGGAGUUGACUCCCUCCUUUAUACACAGGGCUGAAAACUAUAAGGUAAGUGUGGAAGAUGUCAAGAAACUCGAACAAAUAGUGGGAGUGACACUCUCCAACACGUCUAAAAUUUAUGAAAAGGUCCAAGCUAUCGAAGAUUUGUUGUACUACAUAAUAAGAAACGCAAAAGCAAGAGGAACAUUGAAGACAAUGCCUACGCCUCCACCGAUAGCUUUUACAGUAAAGAUCAACAACGACAGUGAGGAAAAUAAAGUCGACGGAUGUACGGACACACAACUGGACUGUUCCGCAGAUCAAAAGGCUCUCGAACAUGUUGAAAGCGAGACUGAGCUUCGAAUGAAAGCAGACGCUCCUCAACGAGGGCGACGUCGUUCCCGUUCAGCCGUGAGAUAUAUAAAAAAGGUCAGCCGUCGACUGUCACUUUCGAAGAGCCGUUUUCCACGAGCAGAGAAGGCUGGUAAAUUUGAUGCUGAUAGCACUCUACCCGUGGAGCGGUGAAGCUGCACAAUAUAAAUUUUUUUCUGUAUGCUCAGAUAACACAGAUUUCAAAUUUUUUGCUGUGAUUUGUAUCUCAGUUACUCACACAAUUUCAUUGUUACAUACGACUGUCUCCCGUUUUAUCCACUUUUCGUUUGACCUUUUUUGAGGCACAAAGCAAUUACUGUUUUUUUAUCGUCUGUACAAUUUUCAAGUCAACAUAACCGUAAGCUGUUUGAGCCCCGAACAGUAAAAUAGUCAGUAGAUUGUGCUACACGUACUCGAGCCUUUGUGGAAUGUGAAGUAGGUUAUCUGACUCCUAAAC